GGAAUUGUGAUGUGAAAUUUAACACUUUGAAGUCCUGAAUUUUGCUGUGCUUAAUUAUUAAGCUUUUUCUUUCAGUUAUUAUUUGAUGAUUCUUUUCCCUUCAAGGACAUAAUCUCAAACAUUGCAUGUUAUAGCAUUCUUGUUAGACCAUACGCUAUGUUUUAUUGCAGAAAAGUUGAGCAUUAAAUAGUAUUCCUUACAAAUCUGUUUUUUUUUUGGGGGGGAGGGAAUGUUCCAUCUAAAAUUUACACUUUGCCAGGUUAAGCCAAACCAGCUUUAGUUUAGUAUAUAUUCUAUUCUAAAGUAUAUAUUCUUUAAAAAAAAAAAAAAAAAGAUGAUCUCUAAGGUAUGGUCUCUACCAGCUCAAAUCUUAAUGAUUUUUAUGAACUUCUUGAUUAGUCUACAAAAACAAGUCAUAUUUUUUACAUUGCUAUCUUUAUGCAGCUCCAAUUCAUAGUCACUGUGACCAUCACUGCUUACCUGGGAUUUUCCACAUACAAAAGAGGGCUCCUGUGUACACCAGAAUUUUCACUACAAGAACGAGGUUGUAAUAGUUUCUGAUUUCUUGGUGGAAGGACAAAAGAAGCGGGCUUCCUCCCAAUGAUGAAAGUGUGAUUGCUAGUGUCUUCAUGAGCUCCAGAGGUCAUAGCACACUUCCACGAACUCUGAUGGCCCCUCGAAUGAUUUCCGAGGGAGAGCUUGGGGGCAUCGCCCAGAUCACGUCUUCCCUCUACCUGGGCCGGGGCAGCGUCGCCUCCAACCGCCACCUCCUCCAGGCCCGCGGGAUCACCUGCAUCGUCAACGCCACCAUUGAGAUUCCCAAUUUCAACUGGCCUCAGUUUGAGUAUGUCAAAGUGCCUCUGGCCGACAUGCCCCACGCGCCCAUCGGGCUGUACUUUGAUACUGUGGCCGACAAGAUCCACAGUGUGAGCCGCAAGCACGGCGCGACUCUGGUGCACUGCGCCGCGGGGGUGAGCCGCUCCGCCACGCUCUGCCUCGCCUACCUGAUGAAGUACCACAGCGUGUGCCUGCUAGAGGCGUACAACUGGGUCAAAGCCCGCAGGCCCGUGAUUAGGCCCAACGUAGGUUUCUGGAGGCAGCUGAUAGACUACGAGCGUCAGCUCUUUGGGAAGUCGACAGUUAAAAUGAUACAGACGCCUUAUGGCAUUGUCCCAGACGUUUAUGAGAAAGAGUCUCGACACCUGAUGCCUUACUGGGGGAUUUAAGGCCGCCACAGCCUGCAUCAGCAGCUCCACGGAGCAGAACCAGCAUCUGCUACACACAAUCUGCUACACCUUUCUUUUCAAAUGAUCGACUUUUGGUUUUCCCGCAAGUGUUUUUUACACUGGGUGUUCAAGUCUAUUUUAAGAGGUAUCUGAGCUCACUUGAGAGUGACAAUCACUUUGUGCUAGGAUCAAUCCUUCAGACACAGGCUUUUUACUCAAGGCUGCCAACUAAAACAGCUGCUUAGAAAAAAUUUCUAUAAUGCUUCAGUCGUCAGUGGCGUCAACUGUAUUCUUUCUCAUUCAUGAUUCACUCAACCUGCAACUUCAAAUAAGUAAACUUUUAUUUAAUUGUAAGUAAUGAUAAUGAAAUUUGCUGCAGAGAUCAUCUAGGAAUCACUUUAUAUGUGAUAUCCUAGAUUAUAUUAUUAGUACUUUUAGUAAACUUGUAAUCUUCUUAAACUUUUGUUAGGCAGAUUUUUGUUUUUCUGGUAACGAUUUACUUUUAUGUUUCUUAUAAGGGUAAAAGAAAACAUGAUAAAAUAUGGUCUUUCUGAAAAAAUUAUGAACAUUAUUUAAAAUAAGCUUCCCAGCUGAGUCACGUAUACCCACACCAUGCAGAUGGGCAGAUAGCAAUAUCACAGACGAGCACUGCUGGAACAGUGAGAAUAAUGUGUUUGUUUAAAAAAAAAAGGUAAAAGGUCUUAUUCUUUAUCAGCCCAUUGUUAAGUAGUAUGCUUUCUAAAGCACUAGGUCCUCCAUUAAAGGUAUCUAUUUAAAAAAAAAAAAGAGUGCCUCUACUUAUAUUUUAAAAAAGUUAAUAAAGAUUAUAAAUGCAAUGGAUUUUCUUGACUGCAAUUUGAUUUAACUUAAGAAAUGUCAUGCAACCUCCUCAGUGAUUAAGACCUUGGACCAAUACGGCCUUACAGGGGCUUUGUGAAAUGUCAAUACCUGACAUUUUAAAUGAACUAUCACCCAUAAUCCUAGGGAGUAGCUGUAUUAGACCAAAACUAAUUCUAAUCUACCUACUCUCAAGCCUUUCCGGAUUUCAUGUUGACACUGACGGUGAAGUAUACCAGUAGCUAUCACGGUGUUUCUGGACUUUUUAUUCACUCCUAUCAAUAAAACAUUAUUUUUCCCUGC